GGAUUUAAGUGCGUUACCCUAGUGAAUGAAAAUGAAAACUCGGCAGCUUGAAAUAUGAUACGAUGACUGUGUUACAUAAAGUUUGAUCCCUGGGUACUUAGGAUAAAAGUUUGGUGACAUUUACCUAAGUGAAGUAUUUCAUGUGAAGAAAAAUAACAUUGUUCAAUAUGCCGCAUAGAAACGCAAAAAGAAGUGAAGAUUCUCACCCUAUUUCGGAACAAAACGUUUUAGGAUUAGGCCUAGAUAUGACCAAUCCAUGAAAUUGGAUGGUUUCAGAACUACGACAAAAACUCCAUUCCAUGGGAAUUUCCGUUCCUAAAAGUUUUAAUGCAACCGCAUUGAGACAACUAUACUACGAAAAUGUCGAAAAAGCCAACCGCCAGGAAACAAAUUUGAUUUCGCGGGAAAAAGUAGAGUUGGGUGGAUGUGACGUCACGGAAACCAUUAUUAGUUCUGGGGAACCCUCUCAAAGCGGAAGUACAAGUGUAAACAAUGCCAGUGACAAUCUCGAGUUACUUUCGACUUUGCAAAUGAUGGCGCAAUCAUGCUCAGCGCUUCAACAGACAGUAAAUACACUUCUGGAAAAGGAUAAGAAAACUGAAGAGAAUCCUCUCCAGAAAGUAAUGACAAACGCAGAAAGAGGAACAUCAGGAACGACACCUUCGAUUCAUGGGCAAAUUCAAAACACAGUUGAAGCGAUUCCGAGCAGCUGCACGCAGGCGGACGAAAAGGCUACUCCAGUUCCUCCAAUAUCCCUCGUAAUGUGGAACUUCAGCAAGUAGUGGACAAUUUGUGGGAAAACGCGAUAAACUCGAAU